AGAAGUAGAAUAUCCGUUUUCUAAUGGUGGGCCAGUUGAUGGCUGUGGUCGCGACUUGCAACUUGGACCAAUGGGCUCUCGAUUUCGACGGCAACGAGAGAAGGGUUAUUGAAAGCAUACGAAUUGCUCAUGAGAAAAAUGCCAAGUUCCGAAUUGGAGCUCUCUGGCUAUGGUUGUGAAGACCAUUUCCUUGAGACGGACACUUUCCAUCAUUGCUGGGAGUCUCUUGCGCACAUCAUCACGGCAACCUCAGAUUUGGAUAUGCUCCUGGACAUAGGAAUGCCAGCUUUAUUCAAGUCGACCGGUUACAACUGUCGAGUGUUCCUCUAUCGUGGCCGUGUGCUGUUAGUGCGGCCCAAAAUGCUCUUGGCAGAUGAUGGUAAUUACCGUGAGUCCAGGUGGUUCGCACCCUGGCCGAUGGAGCGAGGCCUCGAGGAGAUGCUCCUGCCUGAUGUAGUCCGAGAGGCUCAACCUGUUGAUAUUCGACAACAAACAUGUCCCUUCGGCUUUGGUGUUGUCCAACUGGCGGACUGCGCUGUUGGUUGUGAGGCCUGUGAGGAACUGUGGGCACCUGAGAACCCUCAUACAAUUAUGGCCCUUGACGGUGUGGAUAUCAUCGCCAAUGGUAGUGGGUCACAUCAUGAAUUAAGGAAGCUCAAGAAGCGUCUGAAACUAAUUGCGGGUGCUACGUCCAAGUCAGGAGGAGUAUAUUUGUAUGCCAACUCGAUGGGUUGUGAUGGCGGGAGACUGUACUUUGAUGGUUCAUCGUUGAUAGCCGUGAAUGGUGAAGUCCGUGCUCAAGGGUCACAGUUUGCCAUCAAGGAGAUCGAGGUCAUCACCGCUAAUGUUGAUCUUGAAGAGGUCCGCUCUUAUCGUGCUAGUAAGAAGUCCAGGUGCACGCAGGCGGCGGCUUUGACGGGUACGCGAAUACCUCGGGUUCACUGUAGAGACUUUCGUCUCUGCGACCCCGCCAAUAAGUACAACGCU